GAAGUUUGCGCAAAAAUAUUUUUUUUUAUCAAUUCCUAGCGAUUUUCGAUUGGACGUGGCGCAGUGAUUGAAUAUUGGCAAGUGUUAAAAAGAAACCGGUUAAUUUCUUUCUAAAUCCGACUGAAAAUGGGUCUAUGCAAGUGUCCAAAACGGCAGGUAACGACCCAGUUCUGUUUCGAGCAUCGGGUUAAUGUUUGUGAAAAUUGCAUGGUUGUGAAUCACACGAAGUGCACUGUGCAAUCCUACAUUCAGUGGUUGAAAGAUAGUGAUUUUGAUUCCUGCUGUGCAUUGUGCGGAAAGUUGCUUGAUGACGAGGAUUGUGUGCGUUUGAUAUGCUAUCAUGUAUUUCAUUGGAAAUGUUUGAGUUUGAAGCAGCAAUCUUUACCGGCAAACACCGCACCCGGAGGUCAUACAUGUCCAACCUGCAACGAUCCGAUUUUUCCACCUGCUAAUCUAGUCUCACCGGUUGCGGAUGUACUUCGAACGAGAUUGGGUCAAGCAAACUGGGCAAGAAAUGUAUUGGAACUGCCUCUGCUGCUUGAGGAAACGCAGGAAUAUUCGAACUUGACAAAUUCAGCUAAUUCCUUGAAAAACCAUAACGAGAACAUUUUCGCGGCCAACACAGCUCAGAACCGAAACACUUUGGCAGCAAGCGUAUCACAGAAUGAGAGACCCGAUAGUCCUCAUUCCAUCGUCAAUAUGGACACGUACGUCAAUAGUACUGCGUCUGCGUUAGAUUUUCAAGCGAGCAGCCGCCGUCCGCUGUUGCAGCGCGAAUCGCCUAUCGGUGCGUCCGAUCGGGAUGACAAUAAAUACAAGAGACGAACUCCGCAGGAAAUACUGUCCCGCUGGUCGAGACGAUUUUAUGCUCCAGCUUCCAAGCCACCGUGGCGUCGGACAUGGUUCCUGGUGCUUAGCGGUUGCAUAGGAUUCAUUUGCAUUUUGUACGUUCUGGCUACGCUCGGACGUCGCGGCGGUGGCGGCGAGAUAAGUUUUAUUCACAAUCGAAAUUUACCACAUGAAGAGUGAACCGACCAUCGUUUGAGAGCGCAUUGCAUCGAGUGCCUUGAACGGGUGGGAAACAUCGGAUGGUUAAUGAUUUUUCCCAAAACUGGCAAAAAUGAGGUAUCUUUUAUGUACUAUUGUCUAUAUUAUAAUAUAAUAAGCAUUAUUCCAAUAAACC